GGACACGGUAGCUGUGAAGUGGGGCUGUGUUACUUUCAUUUACUGUGCUUAAAAACCUGUAUGGUCAUUGAGGUUUCUUUUCUUUCCAGAGGCAGUUGAAAAGGUUGAAGACUUGGGAUACACAAGUAUAAUGUCUUGAGUACAGUAUAACCAAGAACCAUGAAGUAAAUUUAGGUAAUCUGGUGUACUUUUGCUUCAAAGGAAGUAGCCAGGUUUACUUUUGCUCCAUGUUAACAGGACUGGCCACAUUGGCAACUGGGCACACUGGCAACUGGGCACAUUGGCAGCUGGGCACACUGGCAACUGGGCACACUGGCAACUGGGCAAAAACUGGAAUUACAUGUACUUGAUCGCAGUAAUGUUCUUUUAAUGAUGUGCGUUGGAACUCAUCUGUUAAAUCAGGUGAGUUGGUGUCAGAGAAGAGCAGAAAGCCUUGGGGACCAUGCAGGGGUCCUACCAAUAUCCUGAUGGCAGUAGCUACUCUGGCAAGUGGAGCGAAGAUGGACAGAGACAUGGGCUGGGCCAGAUGAGUUUCCCCGAUGGAGCUCGUUACCAUGGCAACUUUGCACACGGACUGUGCGAAGGAUUGGGCGUGAUGAUUUUCUCAGACAACUCCAGGUAUGAAGGGGAUUUUGUCAGAGGAAAGUUUCAUGGUUUUGGAAUAUUCCUUCGAUGUGAUGGGAUGAGAUAUGAGGGAACUUUUAAGGACGGGAAAAUCUGUGGUUUGGGGUUACUGACCUUCCUGGAUGGCACCCAUGGCUUGCCCAGAAAUGAGGGUUUUUUUGAUGGCAACAAGCUGCUAAGGCGAGAGAGGUGUGAUGGGCCAGUGCAGAAAGCGCGCGAUGCAGCAGACAAAGCCAGGCAGCAGUACCAGUGAAUCUUACACGUUUACAUGAUUUAUGCACAUUGCACACAUAUAUAGGUUUAUAUAUAACCAGUUAAGCUCUUUGUGGCUUGAUUACAUUCAGCUUUACCUGUACUGGUUGGUUUUGUUGGGAGUUUUGUGGAGGUUGGAUUUAUGAGGAGCAGAAGGUUUGGCCUGAAUUCUGCAGUUCCCAGCACACAAGAUGAACCGUUGUCUUGUAAAAGAUAUAAACUUGAGGAUGUAAACACUAAUCAAUAAAGGAAUAAAAAAAUAAGUAAAUAUGAUUACAUAUAUAUAUAUAUUUUACAUAUAUGGUUAAAUUUUCGUUAUGAUUGCCAAAUACACAAUUGCUUUAACUCUCACUUUGAGGCACCAGUAUAGUAGGGGCAUCAGGUAUUAAAAUCGCUGUCUUGCUCAACGUGUACUGAGUAUGUCUGUAUGACUGCCUCAGACAACAAGUUCUUGAAAGCUUUAUGUCAUAACAGAUCAUGUUUACCUCAUAAUUAAAUUAAAACAAAAUAUUUCCUGUGUAAUUUGAGUGAUUCUGAUAUCUUUUUGCUGCACUCAUGUUUAAUUUCUUUUUAAUUUUUCAUUGGUCGUUGAGUGAGAAAUACUUAUUUAAAAGGAAAUUCAUUAGCAUCAUUUGUGUCCUAAGUUUAUCCUACUUAUACAGGGGUGGUACAUUGAUGCUUUUUGUUAAUCUUAAGCAUGUUUAGCUUUAAUUAUUUACAGGGAUCUGUUUUUAGUGGUCACAUUCCAUUUGCAAGGGCACCUAUCAUGUAGUGGUCAUAUUUUGUGUGGAAGAACAUCUGCUAAUUUUGAAAUAUAAAGUUGCUGAAGAGCUGUGUUCAUGUCAAAUGUUGUUAUUUUAGCAAUUGACUCAUGAAUACAGACAACUGCAGAUUGUAUGAGGUUUCAAUAUUUGUUGUAUGUUGAAAAUAGGGGUUGAAAUUCUUGAAGCACUUCUGUCUCUUAAUUUAUAUAAACAUGAUAUGCAGGAUGUUUUUAUCAUUUUUUGUAAUGUGUUUAAACAUAAUCUUUUGUGCAAUUUUGGGUCAUACAAGUAUACUAGAGCUACAUGUUUAUGUUGUAAAGAUGUGCGUCAAACCAUCAAUCUGAAUCACAGAUCUUAUAGUUUGUAUGAAGACCUCUUCUUUAUAUUUGAAGGAAACGUUUUUUAAUGUGGAUUGCUCUUUAUGUUCAAAUAUAUGGAAAUAUAUUUUAUAUACAAUACAAUGUUGGUGCCUGUGUUUUCAUUAGUUGUCUG